CACCGACUUGCUGCAGGAGGUAGGGAGACAAAAUCGUUCAUUGUACUUCAUACUUCAUAGACAAGUUUCAUUUCAAUUCGAUUGUAAUCCUUUGGAAGCUCAAGCCAUGAAGCUAAGAAUCAGAUCUCUCGAAUCCAAAGAAACCCUAAAAAUCGAGGUUCCGGAUUCAUGUUCUUUGCAGCAACUCAAAGAAACUGUAUCUCGAGCCAUCUCAGCCCCCUCCUCUUCUCUGCAUCUCUCGCUCAAUCGGAAGGACGAAAUCAAUGCUUCCUCCCCAGAAGAAUCGUUGCACUCCAUUGGCAUAGCCAGCGGUGACCUCGUUUUCUACUCUCUCAAUUCCAAUGCCUUCACCUCUGAAAUCCCACUAGUGCACAAGCCUGGACCAUCGGAGGCCAAACACACCGAUCAUAUCAUGCAAAAAACCCCAAAUCAACAUUCAUCAGAAGGGCAGAUGGAGGCUGGAGAGACUGAUGUGAUGGCCGAUGAUAUUGCUGACUCAGAACAACAGCCCGCGGUUUCGGAGAGCAUGGAAAUUGUUGACGGGUCUGUUGAGGUGAUGGGGAAGCGCGAUUCUGAACCUUCUUUCGUGAAAAGGGUGCUUAGGGAGACGUUGAGUAGUGAUCGUAAUGAUGUAAAGCUGUUGGUCGUCUCUGUUCAUGCCAUUAUUCUGGAAUCUGGCUUUGUCUUGUUAGAUAGGGUUUCAGGCAUGGCGGUUGGCUACUCGAAUAUUCUGGAUCAUGGGCCGUCGACGACUUCGACGUUAUCUGUAAGAUAUUCUUUGCCUGAAAUCCUAACUAAUGGUUCUGAUUCGACCGAAACUGUGGUAUUGAAAUUUCAGAAUUUGGGGCAUUUUGUUAAUGUGUACGGCUCCUUGUCGGUUGGGGGCUCUGGUUUGUGCAGAGUAGUCAUCGAUAAGCGUAAAUUUGCUCCCGCUUUAGGGUUGAUGCUGGCAAAAUCUGAUUCGAAUGAUAACAAAAUUUCGAGUGUCUAUACCCAUGAGAAAGAGGUUUUUGAGUUAUGGAAGAUGGUCAAAGAUGGGCUUGCAUUGCCGCUCUUAAUUGAUCUCUGUGAAAAAUCUGGAUUGGGUUCUCCGCCAUGCUUUAUGCGCCUCCCAACAGAACUUAAACUCAAGGUUUUGGAGUAUCUUCAUGGUGUUGAUAUCGCCAGAAUAGCGUGCACAUGUUCAGAAAUGAGAUAUUUGUCCUCAAAUGAUGACUUAUGGAAGCAGAAGUAUGAGGAAUUGGUCGGACAGAAGAAACUAGAACUAGGAAAUAAAUCAUACAAGGCUUGGUUUGCUAGGGAGUGGGUAGCAAUGCAGCAUUCAAAGCGUCAUCUUGAUAGAGCAAUCGUCAUUCGAAAUCAUAACCCAACAUACUAUCGAAUCCGGCGAGACCCGAGUCCAUUUGGAAUCCCUUCAAUGGUGGGUGGAGACUAUGACCGGAUUCCAGGAUUUGGUGUACCUUCUCCUUUGGGGCAACCUGGUUUACCACACCCUGCGUUUCAACCACGCCGGAGGUUCCAUCCAAUGUGUGAUCUUCACGAUUGAAAUGACUAGCCUGGUGGCUUGAAAAGCGUCUCUUCAUCAUGGAUCACUAUUGGUAAUGGCUACUACAUGUUAAAAGGCCUUGCUAGAACGGGCAUAACAUGAAUUUCUGGUUGUAAGUAUAGAUCUUAGUAGACUUUUGGCUUGCACGUGUAUACUCCCGGGCAGUACUAUUUUCAUGGGAAAUAAACCUGUUUGGACAAC